GCUUGCAACGUUAUGUAGAUCCCAUUCGACUUUUAUUUUGAAGGCGAGAUAUUUUGCUUCUUGCUGCUGCUCGGCUAACGUCAGCAGGUAGAUCCUAAAGCCAUGGCAGCGUCUUCAGCCGUCCUGAGCAGACGUCUAGCCGGCAGCAGGUUGUGGUGUGGCGUCACUCGACCUCUGGUCCACAUCAGAUCAGCCAGUGCAGCGGAGCCCGGAGCAAGAAAAUCUGAUGAAGAACAUCUGUGGGAGGCAGCAUCGGAUGCAGCAGGUUACCUGCCGUUCAGCAGAGCCAGGGUCGGAUUGUUCUUUCAGGAACAGCCAGUCCUGAAGAAUCCGUUUCUGGAGGAUGCCUUGCUUAGAGGAUACCUAAAGAGACACCUGCCUCAGGAGUCUUAUUCUCAGGCUAUUUUGUCUGACUUGAAUACCUUUGGAGAGCGUGUGGCGAAAGACAUCGACACGUGGGGUAGAGAGUGUGAGCUCAACCCUCCUCGCCUGGUGCAUUUUGAUCCCUGGGGUCGGAGAGUGGACCACAUUGUGACCUCUGUGGCCUGGAAACGCCUCAAAGACCUCUCAGCGCAGGAAGGACUGGUUGCCAUCGGCUACGACAAGUCAUUUGGGGAGUGGAGGCGUGUUUACCAGAUGAGCAAGUUGUACAUAUUCUCCCCGUCGUCCGGCCUCUACACCUGUCCUCUCGCCAUGACAGAUGGAGCCGCAAAGGUCAUUCAGUCUGUAGGGGUUUCGCCGCCAGUGGAAGAAGCUUAUCGUCGCUUGACCAGCCGACAGCCUGAGCGUUUCUGGACGUCUGGACAGUGGAUGACUGAGAGACAGGGAGGAUCUGAUGUGGGCAGUGGCACGGAGACGGUGGCCGUUCCCCAAGCAGACGGCUCCUAUAGACUACACGGCUACAAGUGGUUCACGUCGGCCACAGACGCAGACAUGACUCUCACCUUGGCAAGAAUUCAGGACAGAUCUGGAUCAACAACCCCAGGCAGCAGGGGGCUGUCUCUUUUUUACGCAGAGGUGAGUCGAUUUGAGGACGGCCGACUGAGGGGUAUUGAAGUCCAGAGACUGAAGGACAAGCUGGGGACACGACAGAUGCCGACUGCUGAGCUGCUGCUGGACGGCCUGCCUGCAUACAGACUCUCAGAGGAAGGCAGAGGCGUGGCCUCCAUAGCCAGCAUGCUGACAAUAACUAGGAUUCACAACAGCAUCUCUGCAGCCGCUGCAAUGAGAAGAGUGCUCCAGUUGGCGCGUGACUAUGCCACCCGCCGCACCGCCUUCGGAAAGCUUCUUAAAGACCACCCACUGCAUAUGCAGACGCUUGCAAGAAUGGAGGUGGAGACGCGUGCAGCUUUUCUUCUUGUGAUGGAUGUGUGCCGUCUGUUGGGUCGAGAGGAGAGUGGCCUGGCCAGCCAGCUCGACCUGCACCUCCUUCGUCUGCUCACCCCUGUGGUCAAACUGUACACCGGGAAGCAGGCUGUAGCUGUUGUGUCUGAGGGCCUGGAAAGCUUUGGCGGACAGGGAUACAUCGAGGACACUGGGAUGCCUGGAAUACUCCGUGAUGCUCAGGUGUUGAGUAUAUGGGAAGGAACAACAAAUGUUUUGUCUCUGGAUGUGCUGCGCUGCGUGGCCCGUAGUUCAGGAAUGGUUUUGCAUGCUUACUUUGCACACGUCAAGUCGCUGCUUGCGGGUGCCUCGGGUGUUUCCUCACUGGACCCGGCUGUAAAAGCAGUUGGCGGUGCUCUGUCUGAACUGGAGCAGUUUGUUCAGAUAGCCGCUUCCAGAUCACCCAGUUACCUCGAACUGGCAGCCAGAGAUCUGGCAUACAGCCUGGCUCGCAUUUAUGCGGGUGCUCUUCUCAUUGACCAUGCAUGCUGGAAAGAUGCCUCCCCAAAUGACACCUAUGCAGCUCUCAGAUGGUGCGAACAGGAGCUGUGUCUGGUGACAUCUAAACAGAAGAGAGGCUGCUAUGAUUCCAGCAGUGCAUCCAUGGAUGCUGCACUGGUUUAUGAUAACCUUAUUCAAAAGUGAACAUCCUUCAUAUGCUGAUAGAUUUAUGAUCUGAACUGAUGUAGCGAGUGUGUUAUUACUAAAGAAAAUUAUUAAUAAAGAAAAUCUUGCCUUCCUUAAUGGCAUCAAGAAUGACGUUCCAGAUAAUAAAUCUUUCUGUUUUUGGCACACUGACUUUUGAUUGUAUUAUUAAAGUAGUUAUGAUUUUCUGCCAUAGUUCUACUCAAUUAGUUAUUAAAAAAGCAAAACUUAGAUAACACAUGCAACAGAAGAAGGACUGUGACUGAUGAAAAUGCAUGAGGCAUUUUUCCUAGUUCUGGUAUGAAAAAGUGUGCUCUUAUUAAUAAUACAUAAUAAGGAUAAUAUUGAUAAUUACAUGAUCUGAUUCAUAUUUCUUUUGUGCUCUGUCACCAUAAAUUAUAUCAAAAGAUGAACACCAAGCAUAUUGAGAAUGAUGACAAAAGAUGCACAACUUUGUAUUUUGAAUAUACAAUAAAAGUCUUGUAAAAAUUCAACACUAAAA